UUCUAUUUUCCCGGGACCCAAACAGCGCAAAAUUGAAAGGAAAAAAAAAAAAAAAAGAACAGGGAAAAGAGAAGGGCCGUCAAGCUUUUCGAAGAUUCAAUGUUGUUGCAAGCAUAACUGGUCCGGUUGUGCAGUCUUAGGGUUUCUGAAUCCUCUGGUUCGGUCGCAGUGAUUGUUAUGCACCGGUCUUCUCAUCAAUACUAUUGUUCAUGCGAAUAAUUCUCGUAUUUGUAUAUAGAUAGGUUGAUUUAGAUGUACUCGAGUACUUUGAAAGGGUUCGUUCUGGCGGUGGUUUCGAGCGCCUUCAUAGGAGCGAGCUUCAUCAUCAAGAAGAAGGGUCUCCGCCGGGCCGGGGUCAACGGCCCUCGCGCUAGUGUUGGAGGAUAUGGCUAUCUUUUGGAGCCUUUAUGGUGGAUCGGGAUGAUAACAAUGAUUGUUGGGGAGAUAGCAAAUUUUGUAGCGUACAUAUUUGCACCUGCUGUGAUGGUGACGCCCCUUGGUGCAUUGAGUAUUAUAGUUAGCGCUGUUUUAGCACAUUUCUUGUUGAAGGAGAAACUCCAGAAAAUGGGUAUGUUGGGGUGUCUUCUAUGUAUAGUGGGGUCCACAGUGAUUGUACUCCAUGCACCUGAAGAGCAAUCUAUUAAUUCUGUGGAAGAAAUCUGGGCAUUAGCAACCCAACCAGCAUUUCUUUUGUAUACGGCAUCUGCUGUAGCUAUAGCAUUGGUACUGAUCCUGCAUAGUGCACCUCGUUAUGGCCAAACCAAUAUAAUGAUUUAUAUAGGAAUAUGCUCCAUAAUCGGAUCGUUGACAGUAAUGAGUAUAAAAGCCAUUGGCAUUGCAAUCAAACUCACAUUAGAGGGGACAAACCAGCUUGAAUACUUUCAGACAUGGAUUUUUGGGACGGUUGCAGUUACCUGUAUCGUCACCCAAUUAAAUUAUCUAAACAUGGCAUUAGAUACUUUCAACACUGCAGUUGUUUCUCCAAUCUAUUAUGCCUUGUUCACAUCUUUUACAAUACUUGCCAGUGCAAUAAUGUUUAAGGACUAUUCUGGUCAAAGUGCAAGUAGCAUAGCAUCAGAGCUUUGUGGGUUCAUAACUGUGUUAUCUGGGACAGUUAUAUUGCAUAGUACAAGAGAGCCAGAUCCACCAAUCAUUACAGAUUUGUAUACACCAUUAUCUCCAAGAGUAUCAUGGUACAUUGGAGGCAACGGGGAACUCUGGAAGCAGAAGGAUGACGAUGGAUCACCCCCCAGUUUUAUCACAAUUUUGCGGCCAGACUAUUUCAAGUAAUAUAACAUUCAAGGCAGGGCUUGGACUUUGAGUCUUUUGAUACAUCUCAUCUUCUGAUUCGGUAUGAAUUAUCAUCCUUGUUCCAGUGCAAUUCUCAAGCAAUAUUAACAGAAUGUCCUUUGGACACCAAUUUUGAAUCUGGCAUUAGUUCCCAGCCGUCUAGGUCGAGAUUCAUAUAUGCUUGUGCAGACCCAUUUUUUUCUUUUAAGUGUAGUCAUUUUUUGGCAGAAAUUUUUGAAAUCAUUUUACCUGUUUUGGCAUGUCAAAACGAAGUCUUUUGAGUGCCAUCUUGUGAAGUAGUUAUGUAUCAGUACCCCAGCUUACUCGGUGAUUUCUCCUUCUUACCUCUUGUGGCUUUUAGCAAGCUACAUUAAAUUUCUUUGUCUGUUUCUUGGCGUGCAGACUUUAGGAAUGAAUCAGUCCUUUGUAAGCCAAAUGUAAUCAUAAUUAUUUAAAUUGCAUUGAAAACAAUAACAAUUGCUUGAUUUAUUCCCCA